AUGAGCUCCCAAGACCCCUUCCAGCGUUUCAGCUUUGAAACAGCGGGACACAUCAUGCACUAUCUAGAUCCUCAGACCGUGAUCCGCAGUGAGCGCGUCAGCAAGGGCUGGAGGGAUUUUAUACGAGCAUGGAUCGUAUCGUCUGGGUUCUCUAACAGCUUCCAUGAACACCUGAAGAACACUACCAGAGAGCCUGUAAAGCGCGUUCGAAAGUUCAAGGAAUUAGCCGCCGUCGCAGCCAAUCUCGAAUACGGCAAGCCAACAAGCGUGCGCAAGAUUGAGGCGCGCGAUGGUCUUCUGGUAGAAGGCAACUAUGCGGUAUGGCGCUCUGGCGGUGACUUCCACUGGCAGCGGCUGGACUUCAAAGAAGACGGCUCGCUCUUUCCUGUCCAAAAAUUACACUGUGAGCCGCUAGCCCACCGCUGCCGAAGUUUCCUACUCAAUGUGUACGGAUAUCUUGUCAUUGAGCGCCGCGAGCUUUUGCCUAGCUAUCCGAAUAUGAGCAUCGACGUGUACCCCCUCGAAGAAGAUCGAAAGCUACAUACACUCAACGAGCCAGAGGGACUCGAUCCGCGGAUUACAGGCGUCCCCCUUGCGCUCGGCGCGCGGAGGAUAUACUUUCGUCUCGGGAAUGCAAUCCAGGCAUACGACCUGUUCACAGGAGCCCAGCUAUACACAGCUCAAUUCACAGGGAACAGCCACAGUUCUCCGGGAAGGCCUUUCGCAAUCUACUGGGACCAUUACACUCGCGACUUCGCGCUUCUGCACGACGGACAGCAAGAGCUUCUCCCCGUCCUGUGGAACCGAGUCGUGCAUAUAAUCAAGGGCGAGGAAGGAACGCUCGUGCAGGAUAUCACUGUUGAUUCCUGGCGGUUUCCGUACAUUAUCGUUGCACCUAGCCAGAAAGAGUUCGCCGUCGUUAGUGUGCGCAAUGAGCCGAAAAUAGCAAUGGAAAUAAGGAUGCAGCGCUUUUCCCGCGGACCAGAUGGCCUAUUCGCCGAGUCUCUGCAAUCGACGGAACAUGUUUUCUUGGAUUUCAGGUACACGGGCCACAACAUCGUCGCCAUGGAUCCCUUCCGGCAUCUCGUCGCAAUCCCGUCUGUAGCCAGGGGUAUUCCCGAGAUAUCCAGACUCGUGAGCGGCAACUUCGAGUCCGUUUUUAUUCCAGACGAUCCCAACGACACCCGGGCGAUCGAGGCCUUGUGUCGCGACACCGUAAAUGAGAUAACGCUGCCACCCAAAUACGCACAUCACAAGAAGCGACGUCCGAUUGUUCCUAAUGACAAAUACCGCGAGAGUGAGAUGCGGUUCGUGGAUGGGGAUCGGCUUCUUUAUCGUACUACGCAUUGCGGUAGGAAACCGGAUGCAUAUUAUCUGUUUGACUUUAGACUGAGGAUGAGGGGGAAUUCGUCCCCCUUAUCGAAAUAG